UGACAUGUGACCUUCACCUAGGAACUUAUUUAUCUCCAGAACGGAAAACCCAAAAUGGCGUCGUCCAUAAGAGGGGUAGGACGAUUAAUACCAUUAUGGAAGAGGCGCAUACCUCGGACACCUGUUUACUGGAAAGGAAAUCCUCAGCAUAGAGUGUUUCUACCUCAGUUCUGGAUGAAGCUCAUCAAUCCAGAACGGAAGACACCCCCACACCUGGCACAGUUUGAAGUGCAUCCACAGAUGAGUAUUCUGGACAUCAAGCAGUACCUGGAGAAGAUCUACAAUGUCCCUGUGAUGUGUGUUAGAACAGCAGUCAAACAAGGAGAGGACAUCAAGCACCCAUCCAAGGGCAAUGUUGUGGCUCGCGAGGAUGACACCAAGGUAGCAUAUGUACAGCUGGGAGAUGGUUACACAUUUGAGUUCCCAGACCUCUUUGUCGAUUCGAAACCUCCAACAGAGAAAGAAGUGGAUGAAUUCAAGCAGACAAAACGAGACCAAGAAGUAAUGGAACGGAAGUACUGGGACAGAGCCAGUUUACCCCCUUGGUUCAGAUAACAACAUGAACCGGAUGUAUGUGUGUGUGUGUUCAUAGAUGACUGUGUAGUGAGCGGAGACUGAACCCAGAUCUGUCCUGUGAUCGCAGGGUUCAGAUGGCAAGGACUGAACGAGGUCAGCGGCUCCUAUCUCAGGACUGAAUGCUCGGUUCAGAUCUGCCAGAAUGAACCAGAAUGAACCAGAAUAGCUGGACAUUCAUGUGACAAAUGUGUUGGCAUGGUUCAUCACGAGCUGCAUAUAUCCAGUCUCUGCAGCAGGUGCACCUGAUGUUGUCUCCUGCAUGUAUCAUUCAUGUAAAUAAUACAUUCUGUAAACAGUG